AUGCCCAAGCUUUCAGCAUCUAUUCUCCUGCUUGCCUUCUCGGGGUACGCACUCGCUCAAGAAUAUCAUCAAGUUUCGUUGACUAACAAUUGUGGCACUGGCACCCCCGUCUUCCGCUACGAAGGGGAUACUACCCCGCAGGGAUCUACCACCGUUGACGGACCGGUCAUUGAGGGUGUCGCAUGGCUCAAUGGGCUUGCUGGAGACUCCUGCUUGGACCCCGGUGGGGACUGCAGCGCUGUCGAGUUCACCCUUCAGAACGAGGACACUAAUACAGCUGAAAUCCGUGAUGUAACUGAACCCGCGUCAUUCACCUUCGUUGGAGGAGGCGCUUGUAAUGGCCUUGGUGCCGAUUGCCCAUCGCCUAGUGCUUGCACGAGCACGCUCACGCAAUGUGUAGGCGACAAUGCUGGGAUCCACAUCACAUUUUGCUAA